UGUCUGUAGUCUUGUGGUUACUCUAUGACUGGACAGGUUAAACAUCAGUCCAGAACCGCUCAGACAAAUUUUCAUGUUGUGACUGUUUACAUUUUAUGUAUUUGCUUGGUGCACUAUUUGGAUUACCCAAGUAGACAUGCUAUAUAUUGCUUAAUCGGACACUGGAGACGGGAAACGCUUUUCAUCAAAACUGCUGCACCUUUUGGAAAAAAGCUUUAUUAUUUCUACUAAUAAUGGCAAAUAAUAUUUCAUAUUAACAUUCUAGAAUUUUUGAUUCAUGCAUUAUGGUUACAUAGUUAUUGAUAGUUGUAAAAUGAUUUAACAAUAGUCAUUUGAUACGAUUAAUUACGAUUAAAUGCCACGUUAGAGUUAUUAAAGAAAGAACACAAUAAGUUUGGCUGGAGAUCUGUGGAACAGAAAAUAUGAACAGCAACCAAGAUGAAGUGAUGACCAAGAGUCUGGACCCGCUGCUGUGGCUAUUUCUUGCUAUUGUAAUGAUCUCACACACAGUGGAAUUAUGUCAGAGGUUGAUAACAGGUUUUAUAUACUUAAUCCUUUAUUUAGUAAUACUGAGAAAAAUGUUUAUGCCAAUGACUGUUCAUAGACUAUUGCUCACUGCACAUAAGAUAAUACUGUGUCUGUCUAUGAGUUUAUGUCUGUGUGCCAGUCCGUGCAUGUACAAUUCUUCUGAAAUGAGGUUUGGAGACUGUACAGAAAGGGAGCGUUUCCAAAGAAAAACAUACUACAUUUUAAAUACUUCAGAACAUUACAUUUUAAUAUUAAUUUCUAUAUUUAUUUAAAUAUAAUUGUAACGGUUAAAUGAUCACGUAAAUUUGGUUAUUGAAAGCUAUAAGAAGAAUUAGUGGGGUGCAUUAUACAAGUAUAUUGUUUUAAAAAUAUACCUAAUGUCCAAGUAAAGGGUGAUUUCUGUGGAGAACAAAAAGCAUGAUAUUUAUAUAGUUGGCCAUGAGAUAAUGAAGGUUUUUAGAAUAUUGUCAUAAUAUUGUUAUUUAUAUGAAUAGGCCAAACUGAGCCAUAAAUGUUAAGGAAAUUUUAAAAAACAAACAAACAAACAGACAUUAAAAUGCGUAAUUAAAGCAUAAAUCAAGCAAAUGUUCAUGGCUCUAAAUCAAACAGUGGCUGUCUUUUUUUCUUUGAGAGGUGGAGUCUAAGCUUACCAUACUCUAACUCCUGUAAUAGGUUUGGUAAUAUGUGCUAACAGUUAAAGGAGGUCACACAUUGGGCUGUGAAAGGAUAAACUAUUUGUUAAAGCACUCUUUCGUGCUGUCAGAAAUUAAGACAUGGACACUCACAGGAAACAAGGUGAAGUUUACCUACAACAUCAGAAACAUGGAGAGAAAUGGAAGCGAUAUUGGUUGGCCCUUCAUCCGGCCAGUCGUCACGGCGUCGCUCGGUUAGAAUUAUCAGAGGCCAUUCACGAGCGCUCAACUGUGGUGGUCAGACGACAUCCAGAGAGGAAAGUUGUGCGUCUGACCGACUGCGUGAGUGUCUUCAAGCUGCCUCCUCAUGCGGAGGCUUGUCCAGGGGAAAACAUGGCUGCUUUCUGUGUGGAGACAGAGGACAAAAGGCUUGUGUUUGCAGCAGACAAAGAAAGCUGUGGAGAAUGGGUGAACGUUAUUUGUAACAUUGCCUUUCAGAAACACGCUAAAAGCGCGCCACAGCCGGUGCCUCUUAUGGAGGACAAUCAGAUCUACAUGUCCAGAGAACAACUGAGCGAGUUUAAAGUGCUUGUACUGCAGAACGAGGCUUCAGCUCGAUGUGGCCUGAAAGGACAUUACUGGCUACAAGCCGGUGAGGACAUGUUAGUUCUUGAAGAUCUGGAGACCAGGAGGACCAUAAUGGAGUGGCCAUACAAGCUGCUGCGCCGCUACGGCCGAGAUAAGAUGCUGUUCUCUAUAGAAGCAGGCAGGCGUUGCGAAUCGGGCGCUGGAACCUUUAACUUUGAGACCAGACAGAGUGAAGAGAUCCUUCGCCUCAUUGAGUCGGCUAUUCGCCAACAGAAGAGCCUCGCCGUUACUGGAGACAGGCACUCGCCACAUUCUCCACGUUCUCGCUCUCCUCGCUCGCCCCUGCCCAGACUCCCGGAAAGUUUUAAUUUGUUUGACACGGAGGGCAGCAACAGCCCUCAGUCUUCAGAUGCAAAACUGCCCUUGAACCCCAGUCCAGCAGAAACUCUCGGCCCAAACAUAUAUGCUGUGUCAAAUCCUGUACAUACAAAACCUGCAAGUCCUAUUGGCUUAACCGAACCCGUGUAUGCAAACCCUGCCGACACCAUUAGCUCCAUAAAAAGCACACACUCAGAUCCUGGUGGUGGUGUUGUUAGCUUGAUUGAGCCUGUGUAUUCAAACCCUGCUGUUUUAAUGAAUCUGCAUGAAUCUGUGUAUGCAGCUAUAAUGACAGAUCCCGUCCCAUCUCAUCGUAGGGAUGAAUCAGAACCAGUGUAUUCUGAUCCUGCAGAUGUCAUCCACACAAAACCUAACAGCUGUGUCCAAGCCAACCCUACCGAUGCGAUUGACUACCAUGUCAAGAUGAUGCCAAGCAAAGACAAGCAGCAAGAACCCGUGUACUCUGAGGUGUACGACCAUGUCAAACUAAACACGUGUAAAAUACUUGACCACAAGACUGAGGAGCCCAUUUAUAGCGUACCUGAGAUUGUACAGUCAACUCAAAACAAUAUCUCUCAACAAAACAAAAUGCCUGAGGACGACCAACCCAUCUACAGCAAAGUUAACAAACCACCCAAAACCCCUAAGCCUUUCCAUGAAAAGAAGCUAAGCCAAACAAUGGAGGUAGUCUCUGAGGACCUUGGAAUGAUUUAAUUCAAUCUGUAAUUUGACCAUGGACCACAAAAUCAGUCAUAAGGGGCAAUUGAGAUUUCCAUUGAUGUAUGAUUUGUUAGAACAGGACAGUAUUUGGUCUGAGGUACAACUAUGUGAAAAUCUUUAAUCUGAGGCUGCAAAACAAACUAAGUUCUUAGAAAAUUACGUUUUGAUAUACGUUUAUUUAUGGUGUGAAAUUCACAAAAUAUCUUCAUGGAACAUCAUCUUUAUUUAAUAUCACAUUGAUUUUUGGCAUAAAAGAAAAAAAAUCUAUCAUUUUAACUGAUACAAUGUAUUGUUUGCUAUUGCUACAAAUAUACCUGUGCUACUCGUUUUUUUGGUCCAGGGUCAAAUAUAGUCUCCACAAGUAGCCAUUCAUAUUUAUUAUGUGAAGUGUAUUAUUUCUCCCCACUAAUUUCGUUAUUUAUUAAUUAACACAAAAUGUUGUGGAAUGAUUACUGAUCUAUGUAACACUGAUGCACAUUAUAAAAAUAAAAGAAAUAUUUUUUUUUAUUUUUUACAAACCCAAA